AUCCGAAAUUUGAUUUUUAUUGUUCAUGGAAAAACUAUUUAAAACUUCACACUUAACCACUGGUUGUUACAUUGCAUUACCAAACAAGGGAGGAGAGAAAACACAAUCUUUUAUUUCCUCUUGUAAUUUAACAAAUCAUUUCUUUUAAGUGAUGUGCAUUUUUAGUAAGAUUGGCUUCUUUGAUUUGUUUCUUAAUUUACUAGCAUUUAAAAGAUAGCUGUAGUAAGUAUGCUUGCUUUUAAUAGCUGUAGUAAGUAAUCUGAUUUCAGUCUUGGCAUAAAGAUGCUUGUGAGACCCUGAAAGAUUAGAAAUUCAUUACUGUUGGUCUUAAUGAUUAUCAUAGUCUUGGUAAUAAGUGUUUUGACUUCACUACUCUAUCUUGUUGCAGAACUUUUGUGAUGCCUUCUAGGAUGUGUAUUAAUCCAAUACAUAAUAAUAAAGGGCUUUUUCAUCAGUCAGACAAUGCAAAUUCAGAGGAAAGGUGGGCUGCUAGCUCCUGUGCCAUGGAUUCGUUGUAUGAUUUGGAGCUCAUUUCCAACACUGUUCCUGUAGUUUUUGACAAUUCUGAAACAUGGCAUCUGGCUCUAUCAACAAGCUUGAAGUUGGGGAGUAGAGGGAUGGCCCAUGUACAAAAAAUUACUCGUGUUGAUCUCAAAGAGAAAAGUCAAUAUUCAAAUAUCUUGCUCAUUAAUCGAACUGCUAGCCCUCUUGCAUGGUUUAUGGAGUGCAAAGAUCGAAAAAACCACACUGCUACAAUGUUGCCAUAUUCAUUUCUUCCUUCAAUGGCUGCCCAGAAACUACGACAUGCAGCAGAAAAGUCUUGUAUGCUCAUUUAAAUGAGUGUGCGACGUUGUCAUGGAGCUUGAGGCGUGACAGUUAGGAAAUGGAGACUGUUGGUUUAUCAGGUGGUAUGGACCUAAUAGCCGUAAUCAGAGCCUCAGGAAGAAUUAGUCAUGCACGGGGUCUCAAUGUUCCUAGUUCGGGUAUUGUUGGUGAGCAAUUCAUUGAGAAGAUUCGUAGGGUAAGAGGGUUGGAGGCUUCCAGAUAUGAUGUUUGCAACCAAGUGUAGUUUAUCUGAUGCAUGCAACACUAUAGCCAAACAACUUGAGAAUGUUUACUCAUCAAUUGCGGCAAGUUUUUCUUCUUACUUCUUUUACUA